CAUGUGGAAAUUCAGAAAGAUUUCGGUCCUGUGGGCCAAGAAUUCCUAACAGCGGAUCAGCCUACGAAGAAACUUCGGAAAGGUUGCUACGAUGUUGGUUUGGGAUUUUAUGAUCCAAAUGAUGGCUGUAUAUUUUCGUAUCCAAAAAAAACUAGAACUUCGUUCUCAAGGAGAAAUAAGCCAGUGUCAUUCAGCGUAGACGAAGAAAGAAUUAGACAGAUAUCGGAAAUUUCGAAAGUGAUGAAAAAUGACAAAUACUUUUCGUAUGUUGGGGGGAAAGAUGAUCAAUUUGAGUCCAAUGAUGGCUGCAAUAUUUUUGAGAUUCCAACACCCUCAAGAGUGAAGUGGAUAGAAAAACAUUGCAGGAGGUCUUGGGAUGAGCCAACUGGGUAUAGGCCCGAUUUUUAUGAAAAGUGGAUGGUUGGUCGAAAGGAAGAUGAAGGUUUUAGAUAUCCUAGUUCUCAAAAGAACGUCAUUGAUGAUUCAGACACACAUCCGCAUGUAUCGAAAAGUCGCAAACAAAUUUCCAAAAUCAAAGAUCACGAUCGUUCGAAAUUCAUGAGCUUUAUACAAAAGCGAACUUCAACAGUGGAUGGGAGGUAUAAGAAUAGGUCAGGUGCUCCGAAGCAAGAAUUAAAAAAAAGGGUCGAAGAAAGACGGGCAUUUCACAAUAGAAAUAAUCUCUGAAUAAAGUUGACUGAAUUUCGUUUCUCAA